AUGGCAAUCUUUUCGUUGUUGUGUUGCGGCUAUGGAGAAGACGCUGACGACAAGACCCAUAGUCAACAAACCGAAUUAACAAACAGCAAAAACAAGAAUAAAUCUCGCCAAUACAACAAUAAUAAGAGAGAUAUUAAGGAAGCGCCUACAAAGCAAGCAGAGCAAGAUGGUGAACAAAUUCAAUAUAAAAAUCAGCGACAGCAACCUGAUACCCCGUAUGAGGAUGAUUCUAAAAAAUUGCAGAAGGAUAAGAAGGAUUUAAUGGAUGACGAGAAUUCAAUAAAUGAGACCGACACCAUAACAAAUACCAACGACGAGAAUAUUACACAAGCUCAAGAGAACGUUCCAGAUGUCUCAACACAACAAGCGGUUGUGACACAAGCAAGCGAGGACUCUGAGCAACUUGAGCCUUAUGAGCAACUUCCUAAUCCUGAAGUGUCUUAUAAUGACUUGACUAAAUUACAAGAGGGCCAGGCAUUUAAUCCUUCUACAGGGUAUCUAUUGGGAAAGCAAGAUGAGAAGUUUAAGAAUAAAAAGUGUUUGAUCUUAGAUUUGGACGAAACAUUAGUUCACUCAUCUUUCAAGUAUUUGAGAACUGCUGAUUUUGUCAUUCCAGUUGAAAUUGAUAACCAAGUUCAUCAUGUUUACGUAAUUAAGCGGCCUGGUGUUGAUGAGUUUUUAAGGAAGGUUGGACAAUUAUUUGAGGUUGUUGUAUUUACAGCAUCUGUCCUGAAAUAUGGCGAUCCUUUAUUAGAUAAAUUAGAUUUGGAUAAAUGUGUGCAUCAUCGUUUGUUCAGAGACUCGUGUUAUAAUUAUCAAGGGAAUUUCAUCAAAAAUUUAUCUCAAAUCGGCCGGCCGUUAGCUGACACAAUUAUUAUUGAUAAUUCACCCGCCUCCUAUAUUUUCCAUCCCCAGCAUGCAAUUCCAAUUUCAAGUUGGUUUAGUGAUACACAUGACAAUGAGCUUAUAGAUUUGUUACCUUUCUUGGAAGAUAUUUCACAAUCAAAUGUUGAUGAUGUUGGAUUGGUUCUAGAUAUUACAAUAUAA